AUGCUUGUUGAUGGUAACUGUUACUAUGUUGACGAACUAAUUAUGAACUGCUACGAUUCAGUAUACACAUAUCGUGACUGUGGAACAUUCCUUCUCCAGGAGUUUGGAACAGAAAAGUUCAAUCUCUCAUAUACUCAAUAUGCCAUGAUACUGAGCGACGUUGAUGAAGUAGGUAACACUUGGGUGUUCAAGUUCUGUAACAAAGAAAAGUGCUUACGUGAGUGUUACCUUUUACAUUUAUCUUUCCUCCAUCGAAUUCGUCUUCAAGACACACCUGGGCCCAAUUUUGGAACAUUCCUGUCAAUAUUUCCUGUUCCAGGUUCGUCGUCAAAGCUGUUUAUCGUAAGCUGCGCCGUAGUAGUAGGAAUGGCUGUCGGCAUUGCAAUUGCGAAAGCAGUAAAAGUCUUCGACAGACGUCGUACGGACCGUGAUUUUCCUCCUAUCGCCAAUGUGGAGAUUGUCGUUAUGCCUUUGGUCAACUGGGUGUCAUUCUUCGAUGAUGUUGAGCUCCUUGACGCCUCGAAAGUGGCCGUUGGUGACGUACUUCGUUUUCGCCAUUAA